AGCGCCAUGCUGCGAAAGUCUGCUCUGAUCGCUGUUGCUGCUGCUGUGGCGGAGGCCUACAUCCUUCCAGGAACCCCCUUGACCACCUCUUGCAAGAAUGUGGCUCACUCUGCUAUCAGCACCUCUCAGCAGAGGCCAAGAGUCCCUUCCCUCAGGAGAUCCGUAUCCUUGAGGAUGGCAACUUCCGUUUCCAAGGAGGAGAUGACUGAGCAGCUCAAGGGAGCCAAGAAGAUGAUCGAGGACCUCAUCGAUAAGACCAACGCCAAUCCCAUCAUGGUUCGUCUCGCUUGGCACGAUUCUGGUACUUUUGAUGCCAGCAUCAACGCGGAUUGGCCCAAGGCAGGAGGCGCCAUUGGAUCCAUCAGGUUCGAGCCUGAGAUCAAGCAUGGAGCCAACGCUGGCUUGGCCGGAGCUGUCAAGAUGCUUGAGCCCGUCAAGAAGCAGUUCCCAGCUGUGAGCUAUGCCGAUCUCUUUCAGAUGGCAUCUGCAUGCGCCAUUGAGCUUGCUGGAGGUCCCAAGAUCGACAUGAAGUACGGUCGUGUCGAUGCUGCCGGCCCCCAGGAUUGCUCCCCCGAGGGCAACCUCCCCGAUGCUGAGGCUGGACCCAACGGCAAGUAUGGAGGUACUUCCGGAACCAAGCCCACGGAGGACACUACCCCCAACGGUCACUUGCGCAAGGUCUUCUACCGUAUGGGAUUGAACGAUGAGGAGAUCGUCGCUCUCUCUGGCGCCCACACCCUUGGCCGUGCCUUCAAGGAUCGCUCUGGACUCGGAGCAGAGAAGACUAAAUUCACUGAUGGCAGCCAGGUUGCCCGUGCUGAUGGCAAGGCUGGAAUCGGUAGAACUGGUGGAUCGAGCUGGACUGAGAAGUGGCUCAAGUUCGACAACUCGUACUUUACCACCAUCCCCAACAAGUCAGCUGAUCCUGAGCUCUUGAAGCUGUCCACCGACAAGACCCUCUUCGACGACGAGGGCUUCCGUCCCUUCGCUGAGAAGUUCAGGGACAGCCAGGACGAAUUCUUCAAGUCCUACGCUAAUGCCCACAAGAAGCUCUCUGAGUUGGGCUCCAAGUUUGAGCCUGCGGAUGGCAUCAAGAUUUAAGUUACCAUUAUUCUCUUUGUGGAGUAAAAUGUGCACAUUUAC